AUGGCGCCUGUCGAAUAUGCACCCAUUAAUCACCCCGGCAUCCCAAUCCAGACCUCGCCACCUAUCGAUACCGAUUUAGUCGCCAUCCUACCCUCGCAAACCCUCAUAACCCUACCGGACGUCCAAGAACCUCUCGAAGAUGAUAUGGAUGUCGUCGCGAAUACCGGUCUCCAUCCCAUGGCCCUCAGUAAUGCGAACCCUGUAUCGCUCGGCCCUGAGAACCCCCACGUCAUGCAAUUUCUUGAGCUCUGGGAGUGGCAGAGCAAUGCAGACAUGCAACUACGCAUGAACGGACCCGUACCGUCCUCUCGACAGAUUAGCCGUCUGGCUCGGGAAUGCCCCCGCCGAGUAGAUUACAAGCAGCUGAGGGGUGACUUAUACGAUUUCCAAGGUAUCAAUUGGAGGGACCUGGGAGUAACGAGGAACAUGGCACGAUGUCGUCGUAUGGCGACGUUUCAUAAUUAUGUGAAUAAGCCGGAGUCAGAUUCGUUGCAUACUGAUUCGCGCGACAGGCUACUACGCCCUGUUGAGAAUUACUUUCGAUUUAAAAGUAUGGAUAUCAGGCGCGAUGUUCGCUUGCUACAUUUCCAGCUUCGCAACAUCUUGGGCGUCGCAUCGCGAACGAGGGUAUUCUAUCCGAGUUUCACCAAUAUCAAGGAGCAUGAUCCUACUACGGGACGAGAUAAAGUUGCGAUGCGCUUCGACAGUCAAACCAGCUCUCACAUAUCUACACUAGCCGCUAGCGAGGACAUCUUAAUUGCUGGUGGCUUUUACGGAACUUACCGUUACCGUCACCUAAACUCCUCACCAGACCUCGAGGCGCACGAAGGGUUGUUAACUAACCAUAACAGCGGUAUAACCAACCAUGUACAAAUACAUUCUUCUCGGGGUUCGUCUACUCCGUUGGCGGCCUUUGCUUCCAACGACUUCGGUUUUCGCGUGGUAAAUCUAUCCAGAAACAAGGUCAUAUCGGAAAUUAUGUACCGCUCUGCCAUGAAUUGUUCUGCCCUAAGCCCGGAUAUGAGGCUUCGUGUCAUAGUGGGGGAUGACCAAAACGUGCUUAUUACCGAUGCCGAGAGCGGCGAGAUACUCCAAAGCCUUGAAGGCCAUAGGGAUUUCGGCUUUGCCUGUGACUGGGCGCCGGAUGGCUGGACUGUCGCCACCGGAAACCAAGACAGGAGUAUUAGAAUAUGGGAUGCCCGCAAAUGGAAGAAUAGCAAGGGCGAAAGCAUCUCGGUUGCUGUGGUGCGAACCGAGAUGGCUGGCGCCCGUAGCUUACGAUUUUCCCCUCUUGGAUCUGGCAAGAGGAUUCUGGUUGCCGCCGAAGAAGCCGAUUUUAUCGAGUUAAUCGACGCUCAGACGUUCAACGCAAGGCAGACGGUCGAUAUAUUUGGCGAACUCGGCGGGGUUGCUUUUGCUAAUGAGGGACAAGACCUGAUUGCUUUGUCAUGCGAUCUUUCCCGAGGCGGCGUCAUGCACCUGGAACGGUGCGAUGCCGGGGCGGAAGACAACUUCAGUUACGCACAUAGGAAGUAUAGGGAGCCCGGGAACUGGUGGCGGACCCCGGGGUACGACUGGGUACAAAGCCCGGAACAGGUCGUGGCAACACCAGGUUCGCAGCAGACUCUGACGCAUAAACGGAGGCGCGCGGCCAUGUCGGAAGACUGGACGUUCUGA